GUGAGACAGAACCUGAAAGAUGUUUUGUUUUGGCCGAGGCUUAUAAAUCAAAGCCUCGUCCAGCUCGCUCAUCUUCCCAAAUCUGCUUCUCCAGAAGAUGCUGCACAACUCGGACGCAGUGAUGCUGACGAGGUUGCUCGGACUGCUUGUCCUGUCCUCCCUCUGCUCAGCCAUGUGGGUGCAAAACUUCACCAGACAAUACAUUAGUGAAGAGGAAGUCUCCACAUAUGAUCCCAACACCCACCAUUGGCCUGCAUCAGGUGACGGGCAGUUUAAUGAGACUUCUGAGAAGACUGAUCAGCCAAAGGGAAUCCCCUCCUGGCCACCCGAGGCACGCAGUGGGUCUCUAAUGAUGCCUCCAACAGGACCCCCAUUUCCACACUACGGCAACAACUCUGAAGGUCCCAACAUGCCCAGGAUGUUUGGGGUCAGUAGCCCAUCUAUUCCACCCAUGCCUGACACAACAAUCUGCGACAUGCUGCUAAAUGCACCGGUACCCCCGCCCAUCGACCAGAUUCCAUUUUUUUGCAUCUGUAAAUACUGCAAAGGAACCAUAGGACCCAAAGGAGACCGCGGAGACCGAGGUCUUCCAGGUCCUCCCGGGAGCGCUGGAAGAAGAGGAUUGAUGGGAUUUCCAGGUCCCAGAGGGUUUACAGGCUCUCAGGGGAUAAAAGGCCAGAAGGGAGAAAUGGGGGAAAAGGGAAUGCAAGGUGUAGCAGGUUUCACUGGCACAAAGGGAGAGCGAGGAUUUAAAGGGGACAAAGGGGACCAAGGAUCAAUGGGACCCCCUGGUGCACCGGGCCCUCAGGGAGAAUCUGGUACAUGCCCUGCCACCUGCGAGAGUGUCCCAGGUGCACCUGGUACCCAAGGGCCACCUGGACCAGCUGGAGCCCGUGGCCUGCCUGGGGUGCAGGGUCCCGAUGGACCCAAAGGCAUGAAAGGUGAUAGGGGUGACAUGGGCUUGCCUGGAAACCCUGGCCGCGAUGGUGAGAAGGGUGAUCGAGGUGAGCAGGGGAUGUGUAAGUGCACAAAUGGAACAAAUGGUGCUGACGGCAAACCGGGGCAAAAGGGAGAUAAAGGGGACAAGGGUGACAUUGGUUCCCAGGGUAUACAGGGCCCCAUGGGGUUAAAAGGCAACCAGGGUGAUUUGGGUCUCAUGGGGCCACCUGGCCCCUGCUCUCCAGCCAUCCAGUCGGCGUUCUCCGCCUGUAUCAACGAGUCAUUUCCAGCUCACAAUUUUCCCAUUCCUUUCCCACACAUCCUUACCAACCAGCAGAUGCACUUUAAUCCAAAUGGCAUCUACACAGCCCCCGUCAACGGCACGUAUGUCUUCUCCUUUCACCUGGCAGUUGCUGUGAAACCGCUUAAAGUUGGCCUGUUCCGCAAUUUCUACCCUGUAGCUAAAACAACAGAAGGAACCGUCCCAUCCACCACAAGCCAGGCGGUGGUCCUCCACCUCUACAUGGGAGACCAGGUUUGGCUGCAGGUGAAGGACCCCAGCACCAAUGGCAUGUACACUGAUAAUGAAAGCAAGAGCACAUUCUCUGGGUAUCUGCUGCACCCCGACUCCUGCGAAUUUCCUUCAGGCCGGAAUUACUAUUUCCCACAGCCACAUCAUGGACACUACACCUGGGAUGGUCCCGAACCUACAACCCCUCCACCAAACUAGUGUCUUUUCAGUUGCACAGUUAUAGAUGAGGCACAAAAAGCAUCCAAUCAAAUUCUCAGUGAUUUUAUAACUGCAAGUUUUAAAAGAGGGGUAUUCUAGCAAUGAAGCAAUGACAAUUGCUAAAAUGGGUUUUUCUACCAGGGAAGUUAUACAGUAGUACGAUUGUACCACAUUGUAGUUACUACUCAGUUUUUUUAAAAUCAGGUUUUAUUUCUUGGGUUAAAUCUAAGUCUGUUUGGUUGUUGAAGUUGGUGACACAUAAAAAGAAAGACCAGAAAAAAACAAAACAAUAAACACACCAUCACCAAAAUCCUGCUUGAAGUAUUUCCCAACACUUAGCAUGUUAGCAUAUUCAGGCAAUUAUUGUCAAACGUUAUAAAUUCCAACUGUUCCCGGGACAAUAAAAACUGACAAGUCAAAUGAAAUAAAAAUGCAUUACAAUGUUCGAGAAUACUAAUUUAAAACCUUUUUCACCCUGGAAGUGACAUCUCUAACAAACACUCUUGAUUGCAAAAAUCUCUCAUGUCUCUUAUGUCGCACUUAGAUGAAUCAAGUCCUGUUUUACUGGUAAUGUGGCUUCAAGUACUGUUUUAGACUGAAAUAUGUUCAGUCACUAUUUGAAUGAUUUGUGCUUAAUGACUUUGAUGAACCCCUCAGUUAUCUGUCUUCUUGCAACAGUUUAAAGAUGGGAUAUCAAUUCCCUGUGACAGAUUGGAGGCCUGUGCAGGAUGUACACUGCCUCACACCCAGUGACAGCUCGGAUAAGCUCGACACGGAAUUGGAAAAGACGAAGAAAAUUGAUAUAGAAUAGCCAUAAUAUCCUGCUUUUAAACGUGGCUAUGGAUGAUUGACGAAGCAGCUAUGGAUGAAGCGUGGCACUGUUAUGAUUCGACGCUCAUAUGAAAAUGCGUCUUGGAUUGUAUAUGCCAGCAUUUGAUCAUGCACUAAUCAACUGUUAGAGCGCCCUUUUAUCAGAGAGCUCAUUUAGCAGCAGAGGUUUUAAUAUUUUUGAUAGAAGAUGUAAAUACGUGAAUCAGCUGCAGGUGAUGGAAUAACAUCACCACAGGUCUGUUGAGAAGGAGGUUUAAAAAGUUUAGAGUGACAGAGCGGGAACAGAGCUGUGACGCAAACAAGAAGUUGAGAAAUAAGGAUGAAAACAUGGCAAUGAGACAUGUUCGGGCAAAUUCUCCACAAAAUGAGUUAAAUUCUCUUCAGGUUCUUCAAGUAAGUAAGUAAGUAAGUAAAAUUUUAUUUAUAUAGCACCUUUCAAGAUAAAAAUCACAAAGUGCUUUACAGAGGCAGAAAACAGACAUUAAAAUCCAAAACAAAACAAAAUUAACCAAAAGCGAGUUUAAACAGAAAGGUUUUUAACUGCUUUUUAAAAGACAUGACUGAGUCCACAGAUCUCAGAGUUCCAGAGUCUGGGGCCACUGAUACAAACGCUCUGUCACCUUUUGUUUUUAACCUUGUAUGAGGGACAACCAGCAACCCCUGGUCACAAGACCUCAGGGACCUGCUGGGGUGAUAAGAAAGAAGAAGAUCACUUAAGUAAGUAGGAGCUACACUGUGCAGGGCCCUAUAAGUCAUGAUUAUGAUCUUAAAUUGGACCCUGAACUUGACAGGGAGCCAAUGCAGCUGAAUCAGGAGGGGAGUGUUUGUGAUGCUUUGUCAGAAGCCUAGCAGCAGCAUUCUGAACGCCCUGCAGUCGUUGCAGGGAGGCAUUACUUAAGCAAGUAAACAAGGAAUUACAAUAGUCUAAGCGGGAUGAAACAAAUGCAUGAAUAAUCAUUUCCAAUUCGGAGCGUGACACAAUGGGACUCAGCUUAGCGAUAUUUCUUAAAUGGUAAAAACAAGAGUGAACCAAAGAUUUAACGUGUGUGUCCAGCGUCAGAGCUGGAUCAAGUGUAACACCAAGGUUCCUAAUGGAUGAUUUAAUAUAAGAAGCAAGAGGGCCUAGAUUUUUAACCACGAGGGGAGCAAGUAAAAGAAUUAUAAUCUCCAUCUUAAUUAAAAGUUCACACGACACUGGGUACAUAAAUAUUUUAAAAGAUCUAAAGAGUGAGAACAAGUGCCAUUAUUUUCUUAAUGUUUUCUUAAUUUUGAGGAAAAUCUAAUUUUGAAUGUAGAAUAACUGAUUAAAGGCUUUUCACGAUAUUUUUAAGUUUUAUUUUUUUAUUAUAUGAUUUAAAGCAAAGCGAAUAUAUGUUUGCACAAUGAAGCUACCUUAGAAACUGUCACUGCCUGAUGUCUCGCAACGUUAAACUUCCACUUUAUAAAAUGUAUAAUCUGUAAACCCUGAGACACCAUCAGGUGAUGUUGGACGUGUGUUUGGAUUCAGACAGUAAACAGAGCGUGUUGCAUGUGUAACAGGGAUCAAACAUCAUUCACCUUCUCUGAGGUGUUUUCAGCGACCACGCUGUGUCGCCUGUUUCAGGUUGUUGCGAUCUGUGCAUCGUGGGUUUUGUUUGAAAUUAAAA